UUUGAGCUGUUCGUUGGCCCUGACACCGAGGCCUUGCGAGCUUCGGGAGACGCGCCGGGUGGUUCGUGGGUUUGGAAGCUCCCGGCGCCCCGCAUUUCUGCGACCUGGGGCGCGUCCUGCUCAAGCCCCCUCAGCCCCGUCCUGGGAGCCUCCUCCUCAAGCACCCUUAUCGGGUCCCAGCCGGUCCUCCUGGGAGCCCCCACCUCGCCUCUGCCCUGGGCCCUGUGGCCCCUCCCCCACCCCGGCCUCCAUCCCGGGCCCGGCCCGUCCUCCUCGGAGCCCGCUCCCCACCUCCGCCCCGGGCCCUCUGGCCCCUCUCCCACCCCAGCCCCCAUCCCGGUCCCAGCCUGUCCUCCUCGGAGCCCCCACCCCGUCUCCGAGAGCCCACCGCAGGAUGGGCGACAACACCAGCCCCAUCAGCGUGAUUCUGGUGAGCUCGGGCAGCAGGGGCAAUAAACUGCUGUUCAGGUAUCCCUUCCAGAGAAGCCAGGAGCACCCGGCGUCCCAGACAAAUAAGCCUCGUAGCAGAUAUGCCGUCAACAACACUGGAGACCAUGCCGACGACCAGGAUGGUGAUUCCAGCGAGCCAUGUCCUCCAACCGAUGAGCGAUUGGUUGCAGGGUUUUCGGAUGUCAUUCUGGCAACAAUUUUGGCAACCAAGUCUGAAAUGUGUGGCCAAAAAUUUGAACUGAAGAUUGAUAACGUGCGGUUUGUUGGGCACCCGACACUGCUGCAGCAUGCUCUGGGGCAGGCCAACGCGGACCCAUCAGUGAUAAACUGCCUGCACAACCUUUCCCGACGCAUCGCCACCGUGCUGCAGCACGAGGAGCGCCGCUGCCAGUAUCUCACAAGAGAGGCCAAGCUGAUCCUGGCGCUGCAGGAUGAGGUGUCCGCGGUAGCUGAUGCAAAUGGUGGUCCUCAGUCCCCGUUUCAUCACAUUCUGCCCAAGUGCAAGCUGGCCAGGGACCUUAAGGAAGCUUAUGACAGCCUCUGCACGUCCGGCGUGGUGCGGCUCCACAUCAACAGCUGGCUGGAGGUGGGCUUCUGCCUGCCGCAUAAGAUCCACUACGCUGCUUCGAGCCUCAUCCCCCCCGAGGCCAUCGAGCGGAGCCUGAAAGCCAUCCGCCCCUACCACGCCCUGCUGCUUCUCAGUGAUGAGAAGUCCCUGCUGGGCGAGCUCCCGCUCGACUGCUCCCCGGCCCUGGUGCGCGUGAUCAAGACCACGUCUGCCGUGAAGAACCUGCAGCAGCUGGCCCAGGAUGCAGAUCUGGCCUUGCUUCAGGUUUUCCAGCUCGCGGCUCACCUGGUGUACUGGGGCAAGGCCAUCAUCAUCUACCCGCUGUGUGAGAACAACGUCUACAUGCUUUCUCCCAACGCCAGCGUGUGUCUGUACUCUCCACUGGCUGAGCAGUUCUCCCGUCAGUUUCCAGCUCACGACCUGCCAUCUGUCCUUGCUAAGUUCUCCUUGCCCGUCUCCUUGUCAGAAUUCAGAAACCCCCUCGCCCCCCCGGUGCAGGAGACCCAGCUCAUUCAGAUGGUCGUGUGGAUGCUGCAGCACAGGCUCCUUGUCCAGCUGCACACAUACGUGUGCCUGAUGGCCUCGCCCAGUGAGGAUGAGCCCCACCCUCGAGAGGACGAUGUCCCCUUCACCACCAGGGUCAGCGGCCGCAGCCUCAGCACACCCAACGCCCUCAGCUUUGGUUCCCCAACCAGCAGUGACGACAUGACCCUCACGAGCCCCAGCAUGGACAACUCCAGUGCAGAGCUUCUCCCCAGUGGGGACUCCCCGCUGAACAAGAGGAUGACGGAGAACCUGCUGGCCAGCCUUUCGGAGCACGAGCGGGCGGCCAUCCUCAGCGUGCCUGCAGCCCAGAACCCCGAGGACCUCCGCAUGUUUGCUAGGCUCCUGCACUACUUCCGGGGCCGCCACCACCUGGAGGAGAUCAUGUACAAUGAGAACACGCGGCGCUCCCAGCUGCUCAUGCUCUUUGACAAGUUCCGCAGUGUGCUGGUGGUGACCACCCACGAGGACCCAGUCAUCGCGGUGUUCCAGGCACUGCUCCCUUGAGACCAGACCGAAGACGAGGAGGCGGAGAGAGGGUGCUGCCCGCGGCGGGGCUGCUGGGCUCUCCCCAGCCCUGGGCUUCCCACCCCUACACCGGGCGGAGCCCUCUGGUGCCUGAAGCCGGACUACAGUCCAGCGGCAGCCUUGGGCCUGCUGUACUCCAGGUUCUCGGUCUCGUCUGGUCCUGGAGGCAGCCUCAGUAUCUGAGCCGAGGUGAGGCUUCCAGCUGGAGGCAGUGUGCAGGACUCGUGCCUCAGAGGGAGGCCUGCUGCGUUCGUCCCACACGCAAAUUCGGGCUGUGCGUUUCUGUCGGACCCUCCUCCCAACCCCGUCCUCGUCCCCCGACCCCCUCCACUGCUGCCUUCCCUUGGUCACCCUGGGGGAUACACGGAAACACGUCUGCCCCCACCCCCUCUGCCCUUCCGGGGGUCAGGAACACCCGAGUAGCCCUGCCCUCACCACAGCCCUUGUGUUAACCGCCAGCAGGCUCGUGACCAAGCUGUCACUCCCUCUCUGACACCUGAUGAUACGCAAGGGCCCGGGCCGAUCCUCAUCCUCAAGGGGAGUCUGCGCUGGUACACGCUCCCCUCCCUCAUGCAGGCCUGAGGGAUGAUGCGUUCAGCCUCCUGCCCACACACGGCCCCCAGUGUCCCGUCCUGGAGGAAGGAGGACUGUAAGCUUAUGCUGGCUACCGAGAGGAGCUCUGGCAGAGAUAGAAGCAGUACCCUCUUCCAGACAUAAAGCAUUUAUUGGGUCUUUGAACAAUUAAAAAGCCUUGUCCGA